GAGCCACCAGGUGGGCCGGGGGCGCGGUGGGAGCGGAUGGCCUGGGCCGACGGGAGAAGCGAGGCGGGCGCGGGAGGCGGGCGCUGGCUCGGGGGGCGCGUGAGAGAAGGCCGCCGCGCCCGGCCUCGCUCAGACGCCCGCGCCUCCUUCCCCGGGAACGGGCGGCCCGCCUCGCCCCCCGAGCCGCCGCCGCCGCCGCCUGCGAGGCUCCCCUACGCCGUGCGCCUGGCGGCGAGAGCUCAUCCACCGGGGUGUCCCCGCAGCGAGCGGCCGCCGACGGCUCCCCGCGCCCGGCGCGCCCGCUCCUCGCCGCCGCCUGACACGGCUCCCGGGCGCCUUCGGCCCUGUCCGCGCCCACCGCCCGGCUCGCGCGCAGACCCGGUUCCCGGCCCGCCCGGCAACCGCGCGCUCCUCCGCCUCCGCCUCCGCCUCCGCCCCCGCCAGACGCCCACCCCCUGCCCCGAUUGCCAGGCGCGGAGCGGCUGCUCAGUGCGCGCCCUCCCCCUCGCCACACACACACAUUUUCUUCUUUCUCUGAACUGGAGCACAGAUCCGGGAGGGAGGAGGCGGCGGCGAAAGGAGGAGGGGAGGAGGCGGAGGGGACGGGCGCGGGAGGAGGGGAGCCGGGAGGCGGUGCCGCCCGGCCCCUCCUGGAAGGCUUUCCUGGGCUCGCGGCCGCCGCGGCGCGCCUCCCAGUGCGGCUCUCGCCUCGCCCGCGCGGCUCCCGGGCUGGGCCGGCUCUCUCGGGCUCUGCGGACGCCCACUGCUCCCGCACCCUCGGCAGAGCCCGCGGACGCCGCGGUCACAGCCGCCCCCGGCCGCCGACGUGCAGCCCGAGCCGGCGGCCGCCGCUGCGUGCUAGGACCGCCGCCGACCUGCGGCUGCCGUCCGGCCGGGCGUGGUGAGGCGGGAAAAUGGCGGUCUCUGCCUGCCUCAGCCCACCGGCCCGGGAGCGCGGCCGCGGCCCCUGCUGAAGUCGCGGGAGGCGGCCCCGCGGAGCCCCGCACGCGCUCCCUGCGGCGCCGGCGCUGGCGUCCGCGGCUCCCGCGCUGUGCCUGUGUGCUCCGCGGGGACGCUCCUCAGCCGCUUCUGUGUUUCCCGUUCCUAUUUCUAAAAACGCCAUUCGGUUAGAAACUCUCAUGUCACCUCUGACCCCGGUGCAGUCUUAGAAAAUAAGAUCCUCUAUACUGUGGGGGGCAACUGGGGAAGGGAAGGAAUUGGCACCGGUGCCCGGAGGCACAGGGGGAGAUUCACAGGCGAAGCUGUCCGCAAAGUAACGAGAGAUAGAAAUCUAAAUCCUGAGCAGAGAAAGGAAGCUGCCCAAGUUUCCAGCAGCCUCCCGAUAGGUUCCAACUUUUCAUGCCUUUGUUUUUUGGGUGGUUGUUGGUUGUUUCUGUUUUUUUAAGUUGUUUUUGUUUUUGUUUCACAAGUUCUCUUGUUUCUGACAAGGCACACAAUGUUUAACCGCCGAGUAAUCGAAUUUACCCUUCUAGACUGAGAUUGAAUUAUGGAUGACUUAUGGGAAAAUGUUAAAUAAUAUGAAAUAAACGGAAAGGAAACAAUGAAAUAGAAGAGAAACUAAGGUGACCCCAGCAAAGUGGCAUUCUAGUUUUUUUGGUUUGCAAUAUUUGAUUGAGGCAGUUAAGUGUCGUGUGCAUAUUUCAUUGUGAUCGUCUGCUGAUAAAUAGCACACGAAAAUAAUCUCGUUCAAUCAGGUCCAGGAGGUGAAACUCAUACUGCUUCCUGCCUUAAAGGAACCUGAGAUCUUCAAAGAAAAUUGUCUUUUAUGACGAGAACUGCUUUUUCACGUUUCAUGUGUUCUCUGAAGUGUCCCUGGUGCAACCUGCUGAUCCAGAGUGUAAGGGAAUUCAAGAAAAGUGCUCGGCUUCAUGAAGAUUAGAUCUCAAUGGUGACAUUUUGCAGAGAUCAAGAAAAGGAUGUUACCAAUUACUUGGGGGAAAAAUUGCUCCCCAGGAAGAUAUAGAGUCCUUUUUAAUAUCUAUCUUGUUAUGUCACAGGUUACAUGCUGUGCAUUUGCUACUACUGUACUUAUAGGGGAAAUCAUCAAAUAUAGUACAUUUGAAUUAAUUUUAAAAACUAAGAGCUGGAUUAAGUAAGAGUAAAGCA